AUGGAAAAGAUCCGGAACGCCGAGUACGACUUUCCGUCGCCGUACUUUGACGACAUUUCGCCGUCGGCGAAGGACCUCAUCGCCAAGAUGCUUCUCGUGAACCCGGACGCGCGGUUAAGCGCGUCGGAUGUCCUCGCGCACCCGUGGCUCGCGGACGUGGCGACGCCAAUGCCGCAGUUGCGCUUUGUCGGCACCAACCUCCACGACCGCCGGGAGAAGACGCGCGCCAAGUUCAAGCGCAGCGUCAAUGCAAUCAUGGCCAUCAACAAGACGGGUCGACUCGCAGGCAACAAGAGUCAGCGCAACGUGUAG